AUCCGACUAUGAAAACCCGACUUUCAGCAGUGCAAAUAAAUUUGCAGAAGCUCUGACGUACUCAUGUCCAGCGAACUCGCACUCCGCCUCAAGAGAAAUUACUAGCAAUGGAAGCACACCCGUUCGACCAGGAAGCUUUCAAUGCAGCCAGUAAGGAAGAAAGCACUGAUGAAAUUAAGGGCGCUGGCCAAACAAUCCAUUGGAGCAAUUGCGACCGUGCAUACCAAAAGAAAUGCGAAGGGGGCGUUUGGUUCGGCAUGCCCAAGGAUGGAGGGUGGGUAAAAGUCUUGCCGGGUUAUUCAGUCUAUUUCAUCAGAGGGGCAAAUGGGGAGGUUAGACGCACUUAAAAUUUGGCUCCCAUCAAGUUAGCUUCUCUCGUCCAAUUGUGAUCAUGAAACCCAAUAUCCAAGGAGCAGUCGUUUUGUCGGCAUUGACGAGCUUGUUGAACGUUGCAGUCGGUCAUUGGCCUAUGGUGCGUUGUACGAUGAGAUUUGGUCUCCUCCACUGGCAGGACGAUAGUGCUCAGAGUACUUGAAAGCACCUCUGUGUUUGCC